GGCUGGGCGGGGCUUCCGCUGGCCGAGGCCCGGGGCGGGGCUGGAGCUGCGGACUCGUUCCCAUGGCCGCUGCCCCGGGGCCCGGCGAGCCGGAGAAGGGGAAGCCCUUCAAGCUCCUGGGAAUUUUGGAUGUUGAGAACACUCCCUGUGCACGGGACUCGAUAUUAUAUGGCUCGUUAGGGUCUGUUGUGGCUGGCCUUGGACAUUUCUUGUUAACUAGUAGAAUUAAAAGAUCGUGUGACGUUGGAGCGGGAGGAUUUGUCGUGGUGACUCUAGGAUGCUGGUUCCAUUGUAGGUAUAAUUAUGCAAAGCAAAGGAUCCAGGAAAGAAUUGCCAGAGAAGGAAUUAAAAAUAAGAUUUUAUAUGAAAGUACCCACCUUGAUCCUGAAAGAAAACAGAGCAACAGCAGCAACUGAACGGGGUCGAACGGAGACCCCAGUACAGCUCACCGCCGUCAGUGUGAGCAAGGCCGGGCUCAGCUGGGUCAACCACCGCAUGUACCAUACGGAGGCUCUCCAUCAAGUAAAUAAAGCAUGUGUUUAAGUUGCA